AGAGGGGUGUGGCCGGCAUUUUAGUUCCGCCCCUGCCAGAGUAGCUGAAGUCCUCAUUGGUGCCUUCACGCUUCAGCAGCGCUUAGUAGCCGCGGUGUAAUUGGAUAAAAGCCCGUGGAGGGGGUGGGAUCCCAGGGGGUGAUUCUACGAUUAGUCAAUACCCAAGAGGGCGGGAUAGAAAGGUGCAGAUCUACGAUCCGAUUGGUUUCGGGCUCAGCUGGGAGGCGGGACAAAUUCUUGGGGGAAACCCACGAGGGGACGCGGCGGAGGAGGGUCGCUGUCCACCCGGGGGCGUGGGAGUGAGGUACCGAAUUCAGCCCAUUUGGCCCCGACGCCUCUGUUCUCGGAAUCCGGGUGCUGCGGGUUGAGGUCUUGGUUCCUAACGGACUGCAAGAUGGAGGAAGGCGGGAACCUAGGAGGCCUGAUUAAGAUGGUCCAUCUACUGGUCUUGUCAGGUGCCUGGGGCAUGCAAAUGUGGGUGACCUUCGUCUCAGGCUUCCUGCUUUUCCGAGGCCUUCCCCGACAUACCUUCGGACUAGUGCAGAGCAAACUCUUCCCCUUCUACUUCCACAUCUCCAUGGGCUGUGCUUUCAUCAACCUCUGCAUCUCGGCUUCACAGCAUGCCUGGGCUCAGCUCACAUUCUGGGAGGCCAGCCAGCUUUACCUGCUGUUCCUGAGCCUCACGCUGGCCACUGUCAAUGCCCGCUGGCUGGAGCCCCGCACCACAGCUGCCAUGUGGGCCCUGCAAACUGUGGAGAAGGAGCGAGGCCUGGGUGGGGAGGUACCAGGCAGCCACCAGGGUCCCGAUCCCUACCGCCAGCUGCGAGAGAAGGACCCCAAAUACAGUGCUCUCCGCCAGAAUUUCUUCCGCUACCAUGGGCUGUCCUCUCUUUGCAAUCUGGGCUGUGUCCUGAGCAAUGGGCUCUGCCUCGCCGGCCUUGCCCUGGAAAUAAGGAGCCUCUAGCAUGGGCCCUGCAUGCUAAUAAAUGCUUCUUCAGAGAUG